AUGAAAGCUUGCACCAAGAAGUACGGCAGGGACACACUGAUCCAGUUCGAAGACUUCGCCAACCAAAAUGCUUUCCGACUUCUGGACAAAUACAGGAACGUUUAUUGUACUUUCAACGAUGACAUACAAGGAACCGCCGCUGUCGUCGUUGCCGGUCUUCUCACGGCUACCCGAGUCACAAAGAAACCCCUGAAAGACCACAAACUUGUGUUCUUCGGCGCUGGAGCUGCAUCCACCGGUAUAGCUGAGUUAUGUGUUCGACAGAUGGUAGACGAAGGCGCUAGUGAAGAAGCAGCAUGUGCAAACAUUUAUCUUAUGGACAUUGAUGGCCUAGUUACAAAAAGUCGUAAACAAAUUGAUGGUCAUCAUGUGAAGUUUGCGAAGGUUGGUUGAUU